AUGUCUGAACCUUUGAGACCUAAGAUGUCGCUCUCCGAGGAAAUGUUCACGAGUUUCGCUUUACAAAACAAGAGCGUGAAGACUUCCAACAUCGACUCAGACCCGGGCACAUCGUACGAAGUGUUCAGAAACAAUACAACUGCAGUAGAAGUUAUCGUCAAAGAAGUGCCUAAAGCCAGGAAAAAAUCAGCGCAGUCAGAGUACCAAGACGGCUCCACAAUCAAAAGACUCCAAGAUGACGUGGACAGACUACGGAACGAGUUGAACAUAGCAAACAAAGCCCUGACGAGAUCUCGGAACGGUUUCUUGGCGAUGGUGCGUGAAAUGAAAAAGCAAUUAGACGCGGCAAACCAACGGGAGAUGGACACACAGACUAAGAACUUGGCUUUGCUACUGGACAACGAGAAAUUGAAGAGUUUACUAGCUUCGAAGACUAAUUUGGUAAAUAAAUUCAAAAAGGAAUUGAGCAGCAUGAAGCGGGUCAUGAGGUACGUGAUAAAGAGCAUAUGCUAUGCGCCCCACGUGUCGACGAAUGUGACGUGUAGCUCUGACCCUGAAUAUGAUGAUUUCGAAAACGAUCUAAAGAAAAAUGAGAAAGUAAAGUUCGCCUCUAACAUGUUCGACGAAAUGGGCACUUUCGAUAGCUCCAUCUCGAAGGACACCACCAAAUAUUCAUUUGAUAAGCGUCUAUUGUAA